CCCCUCGGCUUCCUCGCUCGCUGGUUCGCUCCGGGUCUCCGUCUCCCUCCACGGUCAGCUCCUCGUGUGAUCUCGUCGCGUGGUUAGCAGGGAAACCCAGAGGUGGAAAGAAGCUAACCCGGUGAAGACUCUGAAGGAAUCUGAGCCACCUGCACUCCGAUCUGCCAUCUGAAGGACGCGGAGGAAGCCCCGAAUCGGGGAAUUUCGUCCUUCCGGCACGCCCGCCCUGACGUGAGUUCUCUCUCCCCCAAGAGCUGUGAUCCGAUUUCGUGGGUUCAUUUGCCUGAUGCGUCCAUUCCCGCGGUAGAGAUCUUGUGUCCAUCUAUUUCGAUUUUCGUAGCCCAUCGAUUUGUUCCUUAAAAGGCCUCUCCUUUUUAUCCACCACUACCACCCUUGAUGAAUCCGGGGGAAAAAAGGGUGGGUGGGGAUCCUUUUGAUCUUUUGACAACGGAGGUCGGAUCCUAGGAUAGGAAGUAGGAAUGGGGUUUUGCCGUACGGAGACGACGUUUCUUUCUUGAAAUGUUGCAACAUGCCACCAGAAUGGGUUGGUGUCGUGGCGUGUGAUGCGCUGAUACGACUUGUCCGGAAUUAAAAUGUUCUCGCCGUCGCAGCUGCACUCCACGAAUCCUGUUGUGGUAUAUCAGUUUUUUUUAGUCUAUCUAUCUACCACUCACUCUCGAGUGUUUUGAGCUCUUCUCAUACUCGAUUUUCCCCCCCUUCAAAUCUUCAUCCCUUUCCUCCUCCCGACGCGCCGCCGCCCCGUAGGGUCUCCCGUUCCUAUCGUCUGCCUUGCCUACCUCCCGCAAUUUCUUCUAAGGCCGCGGGAGAUGGUGAAGAAGAGAAGGGAAGAAUCGGGUGUUGGAAGACUGGAGUGAGACGUAGGCUUUCUGUUUUUUUUCUUCUUUUUACUCUCAGAGUCACCGUCUCGUGUGUUCAAUCGUGAUGAGCUGUACUUACUUGGAAUUGAUCUCUUAACUAUAUCAUAUGUCGCUAUGUCUCCUCUGCUAUUUCACACGCUUUCACAGCUACUAGCAUCCUUCUCUUGGCGCAGGUGCAAAUCGGCGAUUGCUUUUUUUUGUGUGUGUGUAGGCACACUGUUCUAUCAGUGAGAAAUUUGCCAUUAUAGAAGUCCUCAGACGCGGCUUCGACGAUUUGGAGGCGUAGACGAGGGAUUCGCUGUUAUAAAAAACUAGGGACUACCCACACUCCAAAAUGAACAUGACCACGCCAUUACAAGGCACGCACCCUAGCAGCCACCGUCGUCUUGCUCCGUCCUCCGCUCGCCAGGUCUCGACGCGCGCGCAGACUCUGCCUCGGCGUGCCGCUGCCGUGCCCCGUCUAAGAGCUGCCGCUCCGGACGCCACGGACGCGGCGGCGGCCCUCAUGGUCGCGCGCGCCGAGGCCGGGGACUUCGCGGAGGCCUGGUCCCUCUGGGCGCAGCUCCUGCACAGCUCCGCCGCGCCGUGCCUGCCCGCCGUGGCGCCGCGCCUUCUGCCGGCGUACGCGCGCCUGGGCCGCUUCGACGAGAUCCUCCUCGCAGUGCGCGAGCUCUCGGCGCGGGACCGCGGCGCGGCACGCACGCUCUACCCGCUCGCCGUCUCCUGCCUCGGCGCCGCGGGCGAGCUGGCGCGCAUGGAGGACGCCGUCCUAGAAAUGGGCCGCCUUGGCCUCCGCGUCGACUCCGCGACCGGGGACGCCUUCGUCCGGGCCUACGCGGCCGCCGGAACCAUCCCGCAGAUGGAGGCGGCCUACCGCCGGCACAGGAAGUCCGGGCUGCUCAUCACCCGUGGCGCCAUCCGCGCCGUCGCGUCCGCGUACAUCUCCCGACAGAAGUACUACAGGCUCGGCGCGUUCGCGGCGGACGCCGGCCUCCGCCGGCGCGACGUCGGCAACCUGCUCUGGAACCUCUACCUCCUCUCCUCCGCGGCCAACUUCAAGAUGAAGUCCCUGCAGCGCGCGUUCCUGGAGAUGGUGGCCGCCGGGUUUCGGCCGGACCUCACCACCUUCAACAUCCGCGCCGCGGCCUUCUCCAAGAUGUGCAUGUUCUGGGACCUCCACCUCAGCGCCGACCACAUGCACCGCGACGGCGUCGCGCCGGACCUCGUCACUCACGGCUGCUUCGUCGACGCCUACCUCGAGCGCCGCCUCGCGCGGAACCUCACGUUCGCGUUCGACCGCCUCGACGGCGACGCCAAGCCCGUCGUGGCUACGGACCCCAUCGUGUUCGAGGCGUUCGGCAAGGGCGGCUUCCACGCCAGCUCCGAGGUGCUGCUGGAGACCGCCGGCGGGAAGGGGCGCUGGACGUACUACAAGCUGCUCGGCGUCUACCUCAGGAAGCAGCAUAGGAGAAACCAAGUUUUCUGGAACUACUGAUGCUAAUCAGUUCAGCGACUAGGGUAGUGCUUACAUUGUAAUUUUUAGUGAUUAAAAUGUGCUUGCCAUUGCCAGCAACUCCAUAUAUCUAGGAGCUUGCAACAGACAUACCAAGACUGGAAGAUGAUUUAUACUCGCAUCAAUAGUUCUGUGCACUGAUUCUGAAA